CUUUUAAGCCAUAGUUAAGACAAACUGCAGUUUGAGUUUGGGCAUAGGCAUAAUACUUUUCCAAGCAAUUGUGGUUGUGUGAAAGGACAUAAGAUAACUUCCAAGCUAGCAAUUCAUUCACAUAACUUCAAAUCCUGGGAGGUGGGCAGAAAUUGCUGUAAUAGCUGGAACAUUUUGAUUGCUUUAUUCUCAGUUCUGAAAUACACUUUCAUUUUCCAUUUUAUUCUGCUCUGCUCUUCUCUUUUUUUCUUUUCUUUUUCAUAUAUUACUUUUUUUAUACCAGUUCUUGUUUUAAAAUCCCAACCAUAACAGAAUUAAGCCAAUCCACAAUCAUUAAGAAAUCAUUAGGGAAGACCAAGACAUUCUGAACAAGUUUUUUAAAGGGUCCUAAAGUAUAUCAUGCUUGUCAUAUCACAGAGCAUAAUGAUAUUGUACUUCCUGAUUCCACCCACCCCCCCACAUCAUUACUCCCCUCAUCUACUUUUCAACAUCUUCAACACAAAACUCCCUCCACUGUAAACUUGGAAGGAGUGUGAGAAAGACUGUAAUUCUAAUCCAAGAAUUCACAACAAACCCAGAAAUAACAGGAAUCCCAUGGUACAUGUAUUAAGAACUAUUUGUUUAAAAUAACUUUUUUGCAAUAAUACAAGUUUAGGUGCUCUUCUUGCAGCGAGGGUGGUAGUUCAUAGAGAAAGAGAAGGGGAAGGACAUGCCUGACAUCAGCUCCCCUCCCUUCUCCAGAACGAGAAACUCACAGAUUGGAAAAGAGAACCCGAUCAGGCAAUCGUGCCAAGAUUUUAGCCCUCCUCCUGGCACUUUUUUAUAUACAUAUUCAGGAGCCACUCAAGCAGCUGCAGCAUAUUAGUUCCAGUAGUUUUGACAGGCGCUGCCACAGGACGGCGACUCGGUGCAUUGUCCCUUCGCUCUGUGUUCACUUACCUAGCCAGCAAGAGCGAAGGCUGUUUGGCAGCAUGGGCUUGUCAUGGAGAAGCAAUGCCUAAUAGGUUCGGUGGAGGAGUUUGCUUGUUUUUCUUCUUCCCUUCCUCUUCUUUGCAAUUCAAUAUUGAAAGCAGGCAGCACCAUGUUACAGGCUGAACAGUCUGAAUCAGAGGUGCAGCUUGGCACAGUUCCUGAAGACUGAAUGAGCAAAGGAUUUUUUUUCCCCUUUCCAAAGCAGACAAAACAAAUAUCAUAUUGCAUUUGUAGAGAUUUCGUUAAUAUAAGUUGCUUUGGAAACAUGGCUCAGCAAACAACAAGCCCAGACACCUUGAUUGUACCUGAAGUUGACAAUACACACUGUCAAAAUCCAUGGCUUAACGAGGAUCUUGUGAAGACCCUGAGGGAAAACCUGUUGCAGCAUGAAAAGCUCAAGAUAUCCCAGAAAUCUUCAUCAAUUUCGCCGAAGUUGUCACCCAUCAUUUCUCCCAGAAAUUCGCCAAGGCUGUUGCGCAGGAUGCUUUUGAGUAGCAACAUACCAAAACAGCGCCGGUUCACUGUGGCACAUACCUGUUUCGACGUAGACAAUGGCACCUCAUCGGGACGGAGUCCCUUGGAUCCCAUGACAAGCCCUGGAUCAGGGCUAAUUCUCCAGGCAAAUUUUGUUCACAGUCAACGCAGAGAAUCCUUUCUCUACCGAUCAGAUAGCGACUAUGAUCUGUCGCCAAAGUCUAUGUCCAGGAAUUCCUCUAUUGCCAGUGAUAUGUAA